AUGAGUUAGCAAAAUUUAAAUGAAAAUAAUCCAAAUAUAUGUCCUAUAUGCUUUCAAGAUGUAAUUGAAUCUAGAAGAUGCUUAGGAUGUAAAAAUCAAUUCUGCAAACUAUGCGUAUUACAGUGGAAGCAAACAAAAGACAUUUGCCCAUUAAAAUGCAAUCCAAACAAAUGGCUUAUAGAUUUAGAUGAUAUUAAUGAAAAAAAUAGUGAUGGUUUUAUUGUUUGCCCGUUUGAUAAAAAUAUAGGAAAUAUGAAUUGUAGAUCAUGUAAAAAACCUUUGAAUUUUAGUAAAAUAGAACACCAAGCCAAAUAUAAGUGUAAAAAUUGUUAAUCUACUUUAGAAUACUUUCUAAGUAAUUAUACAGGCCAUGAAGAUUGUAAAUAAUUAUAUUCGUAUAUUUACUACUAUUACUGUAGAAACUGUGAUCUAAAAAUUUGUUCAUGCAUAGAAAAAGAAAAUGAUUUUUAAUGA